AUGUUUCGACAUAUUCUAAAAAUAUCGUUAUUUCAACGAUUAAGUCAACAACGCUCAUCUUCAUUAACCACAUCGAUACCAGUUGUUGAUGUUUCUGCAUUAAUGAAUUGUUCUUCCUCUUUCGAACAACAUCCAUCUUCAUCGAUGAUUAAAGCAUCUAAAUUAUUUUCCGAAGCUCUUCGACAAUAUGGUUUUGUUUAUAUUAAAAAUAGUCAUGUAACACCGUUGUUAGUUGAAGAAACACUCUUACAAUCUCGAUGGCUAUUUUCACAAUCAGAAGAAUUAAAAUCUAAAAAUUUAUUAACAUCAAAUUGUCAUCGUGGUUAUUAUAAAUUUACAUCUGCAUGUGUCGAUGAUAAAAUUGAAGCUUAUAGUAUUUGUCGUGACAUUGAACAACCAUAUUCAUUAAAACAAGAUUAUUUUCAACAACUCUAUGAUAAUGAUGAAAAACAAUUAGAAAAAAUUAAAAAUCAAUAUAAUCAGAUAAAUAAAUGGCCACCAAUGAAUUCAGAAUUUAAACGUAUUAUGCUAGAUUAUUGGUUAAAAUGUCAAAAAACAUCAACAGAUUUAUUAUGGUCUUUAGCAAAAUAUUUAAAUUUAGAAGAUCCAUCAAUAUUUAUUAAACAACAUUCAAAACAUGAUAAUAACAUGGAAAUUAAAUAUUAUCCAAAAUUAGAAACAAAAACAAAGACAACCAGUGAACAGAUGCUUCGUUUUCCGGUUCAUUGUGAUUUGACAACAUUAACAUUAUUAUGUCAAGAUCGAGAAUCGGGUUUAGAAAUUUAUAAUCAAAAUACAAACACGUGGAUAGCAGCACCCUCAACGGAUGAUUCAAUUUUAGUCAAUUGCGGUGAUCUAAUGGAGGUUUGGUCUAAUUAUUAUUAUCCAAGUACAAAACAUCGAGUAAUUCAGAACACAAAUAAUGAUAAAAGUGACAGAAUAUCAAUUGUUUAUUUUGUAUUUCCAAAUUAUGAGACAGAAAUUGCACCAAUUCAACAUCAGUUUGCAUCACAAACAACGACGAAAAAUAGUGAUUUUGAGCCAUUUCAAGUAGGAGAUAGAAUGCCAUUUCUAUUGUAA